AACUAUUUACCUCGACUAAAAUCGCGCCCCACGUCAGCGUCUGUGUGCUGUGUAUGUGAGCUAAAAAUGGAAAGCGUAUUGCAACAUGUUUGGCAUUUUGAAGUUUUGUACAUUUACACAGUUAUUUAAAUAUUUACCAACCAUUUGGCUGCAGCAGAUACGUAGCGGCCAUUUGUAUCAUCUUUGAGGAUAUACCAUCUGAGAAUUCCUUGCUAGUAUUGCCCAUAAUGUACCCGGAGUGCUGCUGAAAAGUCGUUGGUUUCCUCUUGCUCAACCUAAUGUUCAUGGUAUUUGCAUCCUCCGUACAGAACCAAAAUCAAAGACUCUUGAAAUGCACAUUAGAUGGUACAGAAAUCACUUGAAAUUGUCAUUAGUGUUGAUAAGCGUUUAAAGUUAACGGUUGUCUAUUGCAUUAACAGUACUUGAAUGCAAACUAUUGCCAUACAUUUAUGCGGUUCUAUAAGUUCUCUACGUAAACGUUUUAUGAACAAGGUUAUAAUAUACUAAACUUAUGGUGGAAAAAGUGUAUCACAAAUAACAUGCCCAACAGCGCGAGAAAACGAAAGUUAAAGAAAAUAUAUUCAUAUUUAACUAUAAUCACCGGAUGCUUAAACAUCAUAGCAUCUAUUGCCACUAUCGCCGUUUGCACAGUGGACUUCGUUUGUAAAAUGCCCUAUUGGACAACGGCAACAAGAAUCGCACUGAUAACAACUAGCGUCAUGUAUGCUGCCUCGGCGAUUGUGCUUAUGAUUGGCGUUGCAAAGAAAAAUAGAUGGUAUUUUGUGCCCUGGAUGGUUAUGAUAUGCGCGAGCAUAGUAGUGCAUGAUACAUUAUUUUAUUAUGCGAUUGGGCAAAUAACUAGCAAAGUUACCACUCUGAUGCUCACUCUAGUUAUAAACGUCAUGUAUGUCAUUGUGGUGGUGCUGCUGUUCGGAAUGCUGAAAUCUGAGUAAAUAAAUUUUUUGUGUCAUAUAACAUUUUUCUAAGCAUGUCAAAUAGUACAUUAAAAUUAAAAUAUAUUUCGGUACUCAUUGGGCUUACAUCGGUAUCAGUCGCCAUAAUUUGCAUAUAUUUCGAAAUAACGGAUUUCAUAUCGAACUCAAAGUUAUUUUUAAAAAUUAUAUAUUUUAUAUCGUCGACAGCACAUUUUGUUGUGUCCGUGCUGCUCGUUAUAGGAUCUAUAUGGUCAGUACCUAAUUUUCUGGUAGCCUGGCUAUUAUGUUUACCCCUGUGUAUUUUAAACUAUAGCAUUGUGAUAUGCAGAACUAUAGAUAGUUAUUGGGGUGUUAUGAUCGCAAUGAUUUUAUCCACAGCCUUGUGGUAUUUAGUUAUGCAUCUGUUUGUUGCGUUUCAGAGGAAGCGUCGCCUAAUAGAUGACUCGACGCAGAACGGGGCUAUAAUGCUGGGAUUCCAGGAGACCGCGGCGUCCUGAAAAGUGGCGGCAAAUUCAACAGGCGGCCAAAAAUGCCGAGCAAAACAAAAUGGAUUGGCAACGCAUAAUGCUCUCAUUGUCUCUCAGCUGCGCUCUCUCUCCACCACAGUGCCAAGCCCAAACUCAACACUCGUGUUGAGUUCGUGUUGAAGUUGAGUUUGCCACUUUUGUUCGACUUCAAUGGCAGCCUAAGGACAUACGGUUUCGUUUCGCAGUACAAAGCAAAACCUUGUGCCAGGCGCAACAGAGAACAGCUGAAACGGCACAAAGAGAAUACGAUUAGGCAGAAGUUGUGGACAACUCGCUGAAAACUCUGAGCAGAAGUGUACAGAUACGAACUGUUCUAAACACAGCUGUGAAGUGAAGUUAAUUGAGAAGUAGCAAUAUAUAGUGUGUGGACAGAUUUAUAAAAGGCACUGUAUAUUGAUUUUAGUGCAUUUCAUCGGAAUGUGCAACUAAAUAAAUGUUUGUAUCGAUUUGUAGCAGAAAUUGUUGAACACUAAGAGAAACUGCGCUCAGUUCUGACUGUGGGUGUGUGUGUGUGUGCCUGAGUGCCUUUGUGUGCGUGUGUGUUUGUGUGUGUGUGUGUGCAGCAGCGGAAGCGGAAACGGCAACUGGCAAAAAAGCAGCUGCUGUACAAAAUGACGCCAAUACCAUAGAAAAAAAAAACAAAAGGAAGCAAAUAGUAUAACAUAAGAGCACAUUACAAAGCGACACACAAGUUCCUGCAAAGCCUUAGCAACAAUAAUAAAAAAAAAAUAUAUAUAUAUAUAUAAAAGAAAUAAAAUCAAAUUUAUAUAUUAACUGUACAAGAAUUCAGUGCCAAAGCAUAAAGUCAACGCAUUACGCAUACGCCGUGUGCGCGCUAAACAAUAUCAUUUACAAAUUGGGCCAACUUGGUGUGGGCCGUGCUGCCGCUGUGCUCCUUUGUGCUGUUUGCGGGUGGCCAAACCGAGCUAAACCAAUGCAUUUGGGUGCACAACAACAACGCCCCAAGCAACAACAACAACAACGCGAGCAACAAGAGAUACAUCAGAGAAGGCGCCUAACAUACCGCAAAGGACAACAAUGUCAUCCCUGCAGCGCGAUUGGCAUUUACAGGGUUCUCGGGGAUCGGUUUACUGCGCGAGUGAACCGGACCCAGCUGGUGGAGUCCAGUACGAGUCGGGAGGGCUCGUUCUCAACGGCACAGCUGGGGCUAGCAGCAAUCCCAGCGGCGUCGCCUGCCAGCCCACAAGCGGCUCGCUGUUCUCAGUGGUAUCCGCACCGCCCGCACCGCUGCCCAGUGUGCCCGUCGUGGCGAUGGCACUCGCCCAGCUGGAUGUCAAGCAAAUGGAAGCGCUGUGCGUGCCCACACCCUCGCCGUGCGCCUCGCCAGCGCUGCGACCCGAUACGCUCAGCUUGGAUGCGCCCUGCUGUCCACGUACGCUGCACGCCAGUUUGCUGGAGCAUCAGAUCUCUGAACUGGAGGAGGAUGACAAUGAGAACCUGUUGACCGUGUCCAGCAUAACGGCCCGGCCGUUGAUAGCCAAAUCUCAUGAGCUGCGCACCAGUCGCAAGCAGCAGCAGUCGUCGGGCACAGCGCGCGGCAAGUGCCUGAGGCGGGCCAAGGAGCUGGAGCGACCCGCGGCGCGGCGCAACAAGCAGCUGACCAAGGAUCGGGACUCAUCCACCAGCACAACGGAGAGCAGCGGCGUUGCCGAACCGCCCGAUGGCGGCUACGGCUGGUUCAUUGUCUUUGGCGCCUUCUCUGUGCAGUUCUGGGUCGCCGGACUGGUCAAGUCAUAUGGCGUGCUGUAUGUGGAGAUUAUGGAAACCUUUCCCAGCUCCACGGCAACAGUGGCUUCCUGGAUACCGGCCAUACUCUCCGCACUAUGCCUGGUAUUGGCGCCACUCUCGAGUGCUCUCUGUCAGCGCUUCUCCUGUCGCUCGGUUGUCUUUGUGGGCGGCAUCUUUUGUUCCCUGGGCAUGGUGCUCAGCUACUUUGCCACCAGUCUGCUGCACCUGCUCUUCACCUUCGGCAUUCUCACAGGAAUUGGUGGCGGACUCUCAACCACACCUGGCAUUGUGAUUGUCUCCCAGUACUUUGACAAGCAUCGAGCGCUGGCCAACGGGAUCUGUGUGUCGGGCACCGCGGCGGGCAGCUUUGUGCUGCCCAUACUGAUCAAGCAUCUGGCAGAGAAUUGCGGCUUCCAUGGCACCCUGCUCAUCCUAGGGGGCUGCAUGCUGCACGUGUGCGUGUCGGCGACGCUGUAUCGACCCCUAAGCGAUUAUGCGGAGCAGGCGCAGGCACAGGAUGCGGCCAGCAAGCCCAUAAGUGAUGACAUCAAUCCCAGCACAACGGGCAUGCUGACCACAUCCACAUACUUGGAUACCUGUGAGGUGGCUGCCAACGAGCUGAAUGACAAGUUCAUCGAGCAUUUGUUUCUCGAGGAAUGCAAGAAUCAUCUCAACUACUACGCCAGCAAGCAGCCAGCGCAAGACAAGUCGGCGCAGGAGAGCGAUGAUGAGGUGAAGGACAUCAUUGGCGAAACCACCUUUAUAAAGCCCAUGAAAAAGGUGCGCAGCUCCGGUCUAUUGCACUCCGUGGAGGAUCUGAGCACAGACUCCACUUGGGUCUAUCGCAAGCAUUCCGGCACCGACUCGAAUCGCGGCAGUCGCCGGCGUCGCAAUGUCUUUGCCAACGAUGAGACCAUCAGCAAAAUUCAAGCACAUCUCGAGAAGCCUCUCUCGCCGUCCAGCGUGGUCAGUCGCGGCCUUAGCAAAAGCAUGGAGAUACCCACACCCGUCAGCAAUCUCAGCGAGCUAAAGCAACAGCAACAGCAAUCGGAUGGCAGCAUUCUCGAGUCGCAGCUACUCGAAUCCACGGCCGUCUACGAUGAUGACGAUGACGAUGACAAUGACGCCGCCGACGAAGAUGACGAUGAGCGCAAGCUAAAGCGCACCUGCUGCGCACGCAUCAAAAUGUAUCUGGACAUAAGUCUGCUGCAGGAGCCCAGGUUUAUACUAAUGUGCCUGUCCGUAACCCUGAUGUCCGUCGGCUGUCCCUAUAUGCUCUACUAUCUGCCCGCGCACGUCAUAUCCAUCGGCUACAAUAAAAGCGAAGCGGGUUAUUUGGUUGCCAUCAGCGCGGUGUUGGAUUUGUGCGGUCGCCUGGGCCUUGGCUGGUUGUCGGAUCUGCAGCUGUUCGAUCGCAAAAAAACCUAUACACUAUGCAUUUUGGGCGCCGGUCUGGCCGUGCUGACAAUACCCUUUGCCAAGACCCUGGUGCUGGUUGGGCUAUCCGCCGCUGUGUAUGGACUCUGCCUGGGCAGCUGGUACGUGCUGAUGCCCGUGCUGCUGGCCGAUGUCUUUGGCACGGAUCGGAUUAGCUCCAGCUAUGGACUGGUGCGCAUGUUCCAGAGCAUUGGCGCCAUUUCGGUGCCGCCGCUAGCGGGUCUGCUGCGUGAUCUCUCCGGCGACUACGAGAUCUGUUUCUACUGCAUGGGCUCCUGCAUGGUUUUGGGCUGCGCCCCGCUGGUGGUGUGGACCAUACUCGAGGCACGCAAUCAUCGGCUGUUCGUGCAGCACGAGGAGGAUGAGUGCGAGGAGGCCUAAAGCUAGACUCGGUUCAGUUUUGUUGCUUUGAAGUUAUACAAAAAAAAUACUAAAUAUUUGUUGUUCGUGUUUUUAGUAGCGUUUACAGUUAGACCGAAACAUGUUUUCAUAGCAGUACAAAAAAAAUAAGAAAAAAAAUACAACCUGAGUUCGAAUGCCUCACCGAUAAAGUUGAUACUCUUACUGAUACUCUACACACAAACACACACACAAACCGAAGCAACAUUUACUUUACGCAGCCAACAUUCACUUCAUCCUUUAUAAAGCAACACUUGAGUGCAAUCCUGAGU